AUGGCUCCUUGGCUGCGCUUAGCAGCUCUCCCUCCGUCGCUGCUGUGUUUAAUUGCCAACGCCCUUGUCCCCUCCGCCGGGUCGUCCCAGCCGUGGCCAUACAACCUGCCACCCGACGCCAAAUACUACCCAGAGGACGAGAGGUUACUCAAACGUGAAACCGACAUCCAGCAACGACUACUACAAUGUCCCAUUCAGGGCGUAAGAAAGAUGAGCGGCGAUCCUGGCGAGAAAUUUUACCUUGACUAUUGGCAUUUCGAGUCGGAAGGCUACGAAGAGCAAAAGGAAACAGACGGAGAACGGGGAAGCUCUGAUAUACUUCCCAUCUGGGCAAAUGCUACAUCCUUGUCGUUGUGGACGUCGUUUGAUUCACCUGCCAGAGUCCAUGACACACCCACGGACCACCAGAGACCAAGACUGCUCGCUCGGGUCCCCGGCUUGCAUUUCUUCGAUCAGCGUGACUUCAAGUGCCCCUCUGAUACCUCGGCCUGUACUUCGAUCAACCGGCCAAACAGCUGCUGUGGGACGGGGUCCACGUGUAUAAUCGUGCAAGACACCGGGCUAGGCGAUGUCGGCUGCUGCCCGAACGGCCAGACCUGUGCAGGAUCCCUUGGCUCCUGCGCGGAAGGCUAUACCGACUGUCCCAAUAACCCGGGCGGAGGCUGCUGCAUUCCGGGGUACGCGUGCUUCGAAGUCGGAUGUGUGCAGACGAAUACAGCCACGCAGAUUCCUGCUCCAGGACCCUCAACUACCACCGUCACGAGUUACACGACGAUAACCCCGUCUGCUCCGACAACCUCAACAAGCAGGACCACGACCUCGAGCAGCUCUUCGUCCAGCACAAGCACUACGCUCCCGCCAGCGAUCGUAACUGUAACGCGAACCGUCACAGUGACAAGCUCCACGCCCAGCUCCCUCACCUGCUCGACAGGCUACCGAUCGUGCCCGGCCUCCCUGGGCGGCGGCUGCUGUCCCACCGACCGAGAAUGCGGCUCCGCGAACUGUCCCGCUACGACGACCACUGGCUCAGCAGAGCCCCCGGUGCGCCCGACACCCGAAACGACCACGACCGAAACGACCACGACCGUCCCAGGCUCCGGAUCCACCAGCACGAUCGGCUGCCCAACAGGCUUCUACGCCUGCUCAGCAUACUACCAAGGCGGGUGCUGCCAGAUCGGACGGGACUGUGGCUCGACGUCGUGCCCCGCGAGCGCGAGCACCACGCUCGUCAACUCCAACGGCAUCACCAUCGUCGCGCCGACCGGCAGCGGCAUCACCGCCCCAGCAUCCCUCCUCACCGGCUCCUGCGCUCGGGGCUGGGCCACCUGUGCCCCCAGCGUGGGUGGCGGCUGCUGUCCUUCCGGCUAUGCCUGCGAGACCGCCACCUGUGCCGCUGCCAGUGGUGGGAGCGAUGUUGGAAAGCUCGCACCUGAGAGUGGUGCGGUUAGAGCGUUCAUUGGCGGGGGUGGUGCUGGGAUGGCUGCUGUGGUAGUUCUGAUGAAUUCCCUGGUGGGGAUCCUCGGCGUUGUGUUAUAA